UUAGAAUAUUUUCAAGUUUAAAAGCUGAUUUAGAUUUUAAGCAUAAUUUGAGGAUGUCUGUUAUAAUUAAUCCAAUUCUCUAAAUAUACUUUACAGCUCGCGACGUUAAUCGUACAAGUCACGUGUUCUUUCCUCCCAUAAACUCAGCUGUCAAAGAAAAAGAAGAACACGAAAUCAAAAUCCGAAAUCCAGUGUCAAUGUCCAAGCGGAGCCACCAUCACUUGACGGAACUCGGCUGCAUCGCCUGCGAAGAUUUGACGGAGUUCGGUGCCGGAAAGGAAGGUUGGUUAGCCCCUGAUGCCGGCACCACCGUCCUCUGCGCUCUCGACGCCCAUUCUCUCGCAAUCGCUAACCGAUCUGUUGUUCUCAUCCUCGGCUGGUCCGACUCGGACGAACCUCGGGUUAAGAUCCGACCCGAACUGUCACCUAUCGAGGCAGAGCGCAUCACGGCCAUCGAGUGGCUGGUUUUCGAUGAUAUUAAAGUGAUUGCAAUCGGAACCUCUAGAGGAUUCCUUUUGAUGUACUCUUUGCGUGGUGAUUUGAUUCAUAGACAGAUGGUAUAUCACGGACAAAUCAUAAAGCUAAGAGUUCGGGGAACUAAGAAAGAUCUGAUGCAAGAUAUAUCUUCAGAGGAUGUUUGUGUUGUCAUGCCGGGUGUAAUCGCUCGUUUUGAUGGGUCUGAUAUACGGAGUAUGCUUCAAAGGUGGUUUCAAGAAACUCAUUCUCGUUUUUGGGAUGAGAAAUCAAAUAAAGAUUCAGAGGAUAACGGCAACUCUGACGACAGAUUGCCUUACCAGAUAUGGAAUGUUAAUAAGUAUGGGUCAUGUGUUGAUGCAGCAAUCACUGGCAUAAUGCCACCUCCACUCAUGGAACUCCAGUCAAGUCAACGUUACUAUUGUGCUGUCACCAUUGGAGAUGAUGCUGUGAUCUCUGCUUUCAGACUUUCAGAAGAUAGGAAACGUUCCUUGGUAGGAGUUAUUUUGUCAAAAGUUAUGCCUGUCACAUUUUCCACUAUUGCUUCUUUUUCCAAAAUGAUAUGGCGGAGUGAACCAACACCAACCAGUAAACCAGAAGAGAAGCUUCAGUCAUUUGCUCAAGCUUCUUCAUUGACAUGUUUGAAGGACUACCCAAGAAAGGGUGAAAAGCUGACCUUAUCACCCAGUGGCACUUUGGCUGCUAUCACGGAUUCACUUGGUCGUAUAUUACUCUUAGAUACUCAGGCACUUGUAGUAGUGCGAAUUUGGAAGGUUUCUUCUGCUUUUAUAAUUUUGAAUUCUUGGGAACCAACUGCUCCUUUUUCUGGUCUAAGCAGUAUUUUUCAUGCUCUCUUUCAGGGAUAUCGUGAUGCAAACUGCUUUUUCAUGGAAAUGUUAGUGAAUAGAGAUGAUAAACGUGCAAGUUCCUCUUACCAUGUACCAGGAAAGAGUGACUAUUGCCUCUGUUUAGCCAUUCAUGCGCCCCGAAAAGGAAUUAUUGAGGUGUGGCAGAUGAGAACUGGACCACGUGUCUUAGCUAUCCAGUGUGCUAAAGGUUGCAGAUUGUUACAGCCAACAUACAGGUUUGGAUCAUUAUCAGACUCUCCUUAUGUUCCUCUCGAAGUGUUUUUGUUGAAUGGAGACUCAGGCCAGUUGUCAGUGUUGAAUCGUUUUCUUAAUUGAAAAUUUUACAUAGAAAGUUCAAAUGUUCAGUCUCUGUUCUCAAUUUGAUUUCUUUACCUACAACUUAGUUUGCUUCUCUUAGAACCACAAAUUAAGGUUCUAUGAAAUGUAUGUAUGUUGUAGGCAGAAUUCAUGCCUCAUUUCAUUUUCCAGUGAAAGCUAGUAAAUGGCAAAGGAAUGGCUUAAUUUGAUGAGAAAA